UUUGUCAUGUCAAACAUGAUGGCUGACUGAAAUUUGUCCUACGGGUUUAAUAAUCAUUAAAAUUCCAAUUUCGGACGUUUUCGUGAAUCCAGCACUUCUUCAAAAUGAACAUCUAGUUGUAGUAAGAUCAAUAACCUAGUCAGAGGAGUGUACAGCUGAGCCACAGAAUCCACAAUCACAAACUCGCACAAAAUGGAUUCAAACAACAUAUCCUGUCCCGUUUGUACAUUAUACCUCAGACCUGGCAUAACCCUAAAGACCCACCUAAGCAGCCAUCCAAAACAGAAGGUGAUUGAAGCCCUAGUCCGCUUGUCAGAAACCGGAGAAGUGGAAAAAAUCGGAAACUCUUCGUCCCAACCCGACGGCAGCUCGAUCAGUUCCCACGUGAACACAGCUAUAGUAAACCAAACUUGGAAUCAAGGUAACUUAGUAAACAUGCCUCCGAGCAUCCCUUCUCUGCAAGGCAACCACGUCUUCAUUUACCAACAAAGCAUGACCACCACUCCGCAACAAAACGUACUAAACGUGAACCCCCCGUCUCAGCAAUACGUCAUUCCCACGAUUUUCAACCCGCAAAUGAUGCCGUGCAUCUACCAGCAGCAGGUCAUCAUGAGCAGCGGCUGCUUGUCGCCCAUGCGGACGCUGCCGUUCGAGCUGCCGCCGUCCACGUCGCAGCCGGAGUGCAGCUCGACGGACACGUCGUCGACGGAGAGCGAGGAGUGCAAGAAGAUCGACGAGAUCGAGGACGAGCCGGAAGCGAAGAGCGAGGGCCAGCCGGAGGGCAACCUCGACAUGGAGGUGUACGAGAUGGACGAGGAGGGCGAGAACUACGCGCCGACGGAAAACGACGAGGCGCCGUCGCCGGCCGGGUCGGAGGGCUCCGAGUUGAACAAAGCGUGCCAGACGCAGAGCAGCAACCAGAUGUCGCCGCAGUCGGUGCAGGACGAGGAGGCGCUGGAGGAGGUGCCGAAGCCUCCCGAGGAGUAUUAUUUCGUGGGGGAGAGCGAGACUCCGCCGGUGUACACGUCGGUGGAGUUGAGUCAGACGUACGAGAGUAACCCUAUUUACACCGCUUCCAAUAUCUUGCAAUCUGCCGAUCAGUUAGAUUUUGUUGAUAUGGAUGGGAUGCACGUGGUAAUUAAUGAAAUAAAUGAUUUUUCGACUAGUCAGAUCAUUUCUCAAGUUGAAAAUUUUGAAGGUAAUGGCCCUGACAGACCCGGAGUGUUAAUGACGAUCGGCGGAAUGAUCGAUAACUCGAAAGAUGGUUUUCUCGAGCAGAGAGACGCUGAAGAGAGUAUGUCGAGGGAGAGUUCGAAUGUGAACAUAAGGGCUGACGAGAGAAUGCCUCCGAGGGGGGAGUUGUCGGGACAGGAGAGCAUAGGGGGCUCGAGCGACAUCACGUGGAAUCGGGUGCAGUACAACGAGGGUAGUUCGGGAAUGUCCACCUCGUACGACCUUCUGGCCAGAGAGAACUGGGAGGCGUCGGAUAGCUCCGACGUGGAGGUGCCGCCUCUCCAGAGCCGCAUUCCCCCCCACGUCAACUACCCCGACGAAAGCGAAACUCCCACCAUCGUGAGUUUCACCGGGCCUCCGCUGAACUUCAAGUGUCCGUCGUGCGACGAAGCCUUCACGUGUUUACGCGAUCGCAAAGAACACGAAGCGGAGAAGCACCCAGAGAAACGAAAACCGAAUCGAAUAGGCUCCGAAAUCGGCAAAAGCAAAAUAAAAAAAUUAGUAGUCAAAUUCAAGUCGGAUAAGCCCGAAAAUUUCGACAACGUCUUCACCAAUAAAUUAAAAAUGGAAACUCCCCCCGAAACCGAAAAGGUACCUGAGGUACCGUGCGAAGAACCUGUCGCUGCGGUCAAAAGCGACGACCUCUCCGUCGAACUAAAAACCGUCUGUCCCAUCUGCGACUGCGUUCUUCUCAACGCUAAAGCGUUAAAAGAACACAAAAUCAGCGUCCAUAACGUGACCGCACAAACUCGACAUAAAUGUAUGACCUGUGAUCAACAAUUCCCGAACGACUAUAAGUUUUCCGAGCAUUUGCGCAUUCACCCUCUGGAGUGUAAAAUCUGCGGGAGGUUGUUCUACAGACGCCAGAACAUCCAGCUCCACAUGAGGAGACACCUGGGGAUCAAACCGUACAAAUGCGACGUCUGCGAGAAGUCUUUCCUUACUAAGCAGAAGUUGGACGAGCACAGGCACAUCCACACGGGGGAAGCCCCCAUCAAGUGCCCCCUGUGCGACGAGACGUUCCGCCGCCACUCUAACCUCGUCCAACACCGCAACCGCCACCACCUAAACAUAAAAAAGAAAGUCAAAGAUUACAUCUGCUUCUGCAAGGAGGUUUUCCACUCGAAAAAAAAGCUAGCGUGGCAUAAGGAAAUCCACGACGCUAAGCCGAAAUCGUGUACUCAUUGCAACGAAAAGUUCAUACACAUGUCGAGUUUAACGCGGCACAUGCGCAGAGCGCACAACGACAGGUUUCUUCCGACGGGUCACAAGAACGCGGAGAACGUGGAGUGUCCCAUUUGCAAAGGGGUGUACCUGAAGUCCUCGCUGGAAGUCCACAUACGUAACCACAGCGGCCAAAGACCCUACGCUUGCUUGAUCUGCAAUAAGGACUUCACGACCAAGUGGAACCUGAAGCUGCACAAGUGGACGCACGCGUCGCGGGUGUCCAAGCCCUUCAAGUGCGACCAGUGCAAGGGCGCCUUCAUCAGGGAGUCCGACUACAUCGCUCACAUGAACUCGCAUAAGAGCAUCAGGCCCUACACUUGCAACCACUGCGGGGCUCAGUUCAUCCGAAAGUACAACUGCCAGAGACAUGUCAAAGAGCACGAGAACGAGAAAAUGUUCAGUUGUAAGGUCUGCGGGAAAUCUUUUCAUCGGUCCUAUUAUCUCAAAGAUCAUAUGCGCAUACAUAGUGGCUUGAGGCCGUAUUCCUGCCAUAUUUGUGGGAAGACUUCCACGACUAAGUCGAAUCAUAAUAAGCACGUGCAGAUACAUCAUGCUAGAGAGCCGGUCAGUACUGAGAACUGAGUUUUUUGUACAAAUUCGACGAUUUUAGGUUUUGCUUUUAAGAGCGUUAAAGUGAGGAUUCACUUGCAAACCUGUGAUUCUUUUCGUGAGAUUUUUACGACACUUUCGAGUCCUAGAUUACGUCCGUUUUAUUAUUUUAUAUGUUUGUUUUUGUGGAAGUGUUGUAAAAGUGUCAUCGUAUUUUGUAUGAAUUGCAUUAUAUACAUCCCCAUUUUAUUUGUAUGGAAAUAUGAUUUCUGAUUUAACGUUAUAUUUUUUAAGUAGUUUUAAUUUCUAUUUUAGUUGCAUCCGUUCAUUUUGUCUCAAUUGUAAACAUUUUUAUUUCUAGUUUAAAGACUGUAUAAUUUAUUUUAACGCAGUACUUUUAAUGAUACAUGGUGGACUCAAGUUGAAAAAAAUAAGUACAUUAUAGUUAAUAUAUAAAACGGUCACUUAUGUACAGAUUACUGAUAAUUUUAAUUUAAAAAAGUGUGCAAUUAAAUUUUUUGUAUUGGAAAAUACAAAUAAAACAAUAUUUAUAAAA